CCAGUGACACUCCGUAUGCUAAAACAUGCACAACACCGACAUCUAGUGGACACAAGAGCGAUACUAGAUGGGAUUCUGAAAGCCUGAGAGAGCAUCUCAGCACUUGCCGUCAAGCGUUACCAUGACAACUGUUGCCCUGGCUGUGUGAAGCUUGUUGACAGCCUGCGAAGAUGACCUAGCUAGCUCGCCGCAGCAAUCUCGACAAACAUGGACGACGGCACUCAACUGGGAGAAAUUGGGCCUGUUAAAAACGUUGCAAAAUCUGGUCGUAGGGCUCGUCCUGCUGCAGACCAAUCAUCACUUGGAGAUGUUCGUAACUCCAGGAAGUCUUCCACUUCCGCCUCAGCUGGAGAAGGCCCACCUACUAAGCCCCCCAGGAGGCAGGGCGGCUGGGCAGAAGAAAGCUCUGGAUCAGGUGCUGGCAAAUCUUCAAGAAGAGCUGCUGCUGAUGACCUGGAAGAUCGCCGACUGCGACCACAAACUCCCCAAGCAUCAGAUGAUGAUGGAGAUAUUCCUGUCAUUCCAGAUCUGGAUGAAGUGCAGGAAGAUGAUCUUAACAUGCAAGUAGCAGCUCCCCCGAGCGUUCAAGUCAACCGGGUGAUGACAUACAGAGACCUGGACAAUGAUCUAAAAUAUUAUUCUGCAUUCCAGACUCUAGAUGGCGAAAUCGACUUGAAGCUCCUCACAAAGGUUCUAGCACCAGAGCAAGAGGUGAAAGAGGGGGAAGAGAAACGCCGAAGGCUCCAUCUGCUGGGGGAUCGCCACGGUCUCUGCAGCCUGCCUGGGGAAGAGAGUAAGUGGUGUCUCAACGACUCACCACAGCGGUCUCACAACGGCAGACAUCAGAGUUGCACGUCAGAUGUCGUAGACCAGCUGGUCCAGUCUCUUUGAGUUGUAAGCAGACACUAAUGACCACUCCGCACACACAUACAAUCAUAACACUGCAAAUAUUAUCACCGUUUGUUUUUUGACGGUAAAAUUCUCACAACGAAGCUGCCAAUGUGUUACCCUAAAAUCUACAAUUGUUGUUUUUAUGGUGUAUUGCUGUAAAUGGAAAAGAGGUACUUCAGUUUUUUUACAGUAACAUUCUGGCUACUGAGCUACCAGUAUUUUACCGUAAAACCUUGGUUGUUGUUUUUACGGUGUUAUAUUGUAAAUAGAAAAAAAAGUGCUACAGUUUUUUUUACAGUAAAAUUCUAGCAACUGAGGUGCCAGUUUUUAUAUUUUACAGUUUAUUACUGUAAAUGGGUAACAGUACCACAGGUUUUUACUACGCUAAAAUUCUGGCGAUUGAACUGCCAGUGUUUUACCGUAAAAUCUACUGUUGUUGUUUAUACACUGUAUUUUACUGUAAAUGGAAAAUGGGUACCACAUUUUUUACAGCAAAAUUUUGUUUUGUUUUUUAUACUGUAAAAUGUAUGGUUGUUAUUUGUACAGUCUAUUACUGUGAGAGGAAAAUGGUAACACAAGUUGUUUGUAUGAUAAAAUUCUGGUGACUGAACUGCCAGUGUUUAACCGUAAAAUCUACGGUUCUUGUUUUUACAGUGUAUUACUGUAAAUAAAAAAUCAUACCAUAGUUCAUUUUUUUUUACAGUAAAACUCUAGCGUGUGAGGUGCCAGUUUUUUCAUUUCACAGUUUAAAACUGUAAAUUGGUAACAGUACCACAGGUUCAUAUUACGCUAAAAUCUGGCGACUGAACUGCCAGUGUUUUACCGUAAAAUAUACGGUUGUUGUUUAUACGGUGUGUUAGUGUAAAUGAAAAAUAGGUACCACAUUUUUUACAGUAAAAUUUUGCCGACUGAGCUGCUGUUUUUUUAUACCGUAAAAUGUAUGGUUGUUAUUUGUACAGUGUAUUACUGUGAGAGGAAAACGGUACCACAAGUUGUUUGUAUGAUAAAAUUCUGGUGACUGAACUGCCAGUGUUUUACCGUAAAAUCUACGGUUCUUGUUUUUACAGUGUAUUACUGUAAAUAAAAAAAAAUUAUACCAUAGUUCAGUUUAUUUUACAGUAAAACUCUAGCGUGUGAGGUGCCAGGUGCCAGUUUUUUCAUUUCAGAGUUUAAAACUGUAAAUUGGUAACAGUACCACAGGUUUAUAUUACGCUAAAAUCUGGCGACUGAACUGCCAGUGUUUUACCGUAAAAUAUACGGUUGUUGUUUAUACGGUGUGUUAGUGUAAAUGAAAAAUAGGUACCACAUUUUUUACAGUAAAAUUUUGCCGACUGAGCUGCUGUUUUUUUAUACCGUAAAAUGUAUUGUUGUUAUUUGUACGGUGUAUUACUGUGAGAGAAAAACGGUACCACAGGUUUUUUGUAUGAUAAAAUUAUUGUGACUGAACUGCCAGUGUUUUACUGUAAAAUAUAUGGUUCUUGUGUAUACUGUGUUUUACUGUAUAUAGAAAAUAGAUACC